AUGGUGUGCCAGGCUCUUGGUCGUUUUGAAAAGUUGGACCACGACUCUGGACGGUCAAUUCAUCUAGUUGAAGGUAGAUGCCCGACUCAAUCGCUCGAAAACUGGAGGGAACAAAGCACUGUGCCUAACACAAUGUCGUUAGUUGGUCUUCCAAUCUGCCACAAGUCAGUCUCGCAAAGGCUUGAGCCGGGUGCAAUCAUUACGUUCAAUCAUGUUUCACUCAUGCUGCACUUGCCUCUCUCUUUGCUCAUCGCCAAGCAAAGUCCGUUGAUGCCAACUUUGACUGUGACGUUUCCCACGACAGCAACGAUGCCAAUGUUUAUCACACAUAAAGUCAUCAAGAUGAGAAUGCUGCUGGUGCUGCCCCCAGCACUCUGUUACGUGCCUCUGACUUCACUGACGAGCGUUACCAUCACUCUGACUGAAGCUCACCGCAAGGACCUGUUAGUGCCGGACCCUCCCGUCGGUCUCAAGUAUAUCUUCUGGCCGUCUCUUCGCUCAACUUCAACUUUUCUUCUUAAGCAUUCGCGGUACGUCCACCAUCCACCACCCACUUCCAUCACCCAUCACCCAUCACCCAUCACCAUCCAUCACGAUCUUCAUUUUGGCCUCGGCCAAUGCGAAUGUCGCCGGACUGCCAUCUGGCCCCAUUACCUCUUCUGCGAUACUGCUAACAUAGUCAGGCACCCGGGGCUCCUGCUUGGUCAACGGCGAGAAGUUGACGGCAGGGGUAGCCGGCCAGCGCCCAUCGAUGAGGACUCUUCCGAGAUGGUUGCCCACGGUGCAGACAGAGACAGCACAACCUCGCUGUUCGGCUCGCUGGAGCGUGGUUCUCUCCUGCGGCUGGGUACCGCACACUUUUUGGAACCUUUCAUAUCUUUUCAUCACGCGCUCGCGAUUGCGGACACUUGGAGAAGAGUACAUAUCUGGCCUCACGUCUUCCACCGUCAGCCACCUCGUCCACAGACGCGAUUUUGUCUGCGAUACAGCAAUCCUGCCACAGUUCUGCUUUGCUCCAGACGCCACCACCUUUUCUGCACGACCACAGAUGCCUACCAACGCGAUGUAGAGCAGCGAUGGCGGCUGUAUCUGCCAGAACCUGCGGGUGACGGCACGCUCGAAGAGACAGCAGCAGCACCAUUCCCAGUAGCGCUUAAGACAGAAAUCAACCUGAGCAGUGCCUUCAAGCAUUCCAAUGAAGCGUCACUGGCAUCGCACCUCAUGCGCCCCAGACGAUCCGCCGUGAACGAACCCACCACCCGAAUCUCGCCACUUCCCUUUCCAUCGAUGGAAACGAAGCCUCCGAUAUGCUUCAAGGCGACAAAGACCAUUCCAUACUUUCCACCAAUUCGCCGUCGGCGGAAGGAGUCCUCUUGGGGCAAGAAGAACGAAGCCAGGAAUGCCGUUUCGCACUCCUUACACAUGCACGGCGCUGCUGCGAUGCUGGUCGAGAUGAAGAAUACCAUAGGGCUAGCCUUCUAUAUGACACAUGAGCUUUGGACGGGAAUACCAUCCAUAGUCGGCGACCGAAGCACGGAACUGGACGGCAUGGAGUUCACAAGGUCUGCGCAAGAGCUAUGGGGUCGAUCUAGAGCAUACAUCAGGACAGGUAAGAUGAUGGACAUUUGGAAGGCAUCUGCAGGACGAGCAUCAGAUUCGCUCAAGGUUCCCCGGGUAGCUCAUUGCAAGUCGCCCACCCACGUACACACUGAACAUCCCAUCUUCAUGGGGGAUUGGCUCCUGCACAAGAGAUUCGCUACAGUCUGCAACUCUACGCACGACUGUCGUGGACCAGACUUCGGUAUAAGUCAUCCCGACUGCUUUUCGACGCUGGAUCUUGGAGGCCAAGAACAUUGCACACUGCAAGCAGUAUUCGAGGACCAAGAAGACUUCUGUUCUACGGCCAUUGAUACUAGCAAUAUCCGCCAAUCGUUCCGUUUAAUAUUCACAAGAAGCAUCUCACGACGACACUGUGCGGACGAUGACCACCACUCCUCGAUGCGUUUGCCCUACAACGUGGCUCAGCCAAGACUAAGUCCUGAGGUAUCUCGAGACCUGGAGGCUAGAGAUUCAAAUUCUCUCUUCCAUGACUUGUUGUUCGAUAUGAUUAUUGUACUUUGUCCUUUGUUGUAUUCGACCGCAUGCGGUCGGAAAGAAAAAGUGACGGGUAUUUCUUUGUCCUCUGAGCAGUUUGAGCGAGACGUGCAAUUCUUGUGCCACGAAGCUCUCCUACAGAGUCUCACGAAGAAGAAAGCUCAGAAAUUGGGUACAAUGCCUCCAAAGAAGGGCAAAGGAAAGAAGAGUACCAGCGCAAAGCCGGCAGCUCAAGCCAAGCCGGCAGCUGAAGCAAAGCCCGCGAGAAAACCGAUAACCAUCAAGAUCCGCCGUACUAUUGGCGAUGGUCCCAAGUCCUCCGAAGGCUCUACUAAUGCAGUAGCCGCUGCUGUCGUGACGCGCCAUAAGACGAGCCAUCCACCCAACCCCCUCCGACACAGAACAAACCCCAAAAAAUCCAAAAACCAACAGGACCUCGAGCACGAAGAUCCCAUCUCGUUUCAGACGAGCAAUAUCUUCGACUUCUACGAGGAUCUUUUACGUUUGGAACGGCUCGAUGCGAUUGAUGAACUUGAUGAGUUGGCGCCGGAGCCGAAUGAGUCAGUCGCCACCGAGGAGGCGGUAGCGGUUGAGGAGAAUCAGAGUCCUUCGGCGGGUGGAGAGGAGGAGCAGCUUAUGAGUGAUGGCGAGAUCAUGCUCAGAUUUCUGCUGGGAAAGGUCGUGCCAGGGAGUGUUGGAAGCAAUCGGAAGACUGUGCAGCAGACAUACAUGUGGUAUUUUAAGUCUCGAAGUUGGAAUCCUCGCUUCCACUCCACAGCGUUGGUCUGCGAAAUUGCAAACCUUGGAAUAGGGUCGUCCGCAGAGCUGCUUGCUUAUAUAGCUUCUUGUCGUCCGUCAGGGGCUCGAUGCAUGGAGCAGCGCUCCUUGACAGUCUCGUGCGAUGACCGUGGUGAUCCUUCCUCUACACUCGAUUGCUGCUCUAUGCGCGAAGAUCCCUGUCCGACCGUUGGGCUGCUGCUGGAAGCUCGAUUCGUCAAGGACGAGACAUUGAAACCUCCCGCCGAGAAGAACAACUGCGCAAUGGCAUUCCCGAUCGUCCUGCUCCCAAAAUCCGCAGAGCUGGAGUCAAUGCCAGAUACAAGCCGAGACGAGUUACAAGCGAGGAUAUAUGACACCUGCGAAGCCCUCACCACCACCAUCAAGGCGGUCAACAAUGCUAUGAAAAAGAUAGAUGGCGAGGCAUACCAGUUCUCGCCUGCGUUGCGCAACUGGAGGGCGAUGCGUUGGGAGAAGCUUUUUCGUCGCUCAGGUGGGCCAUCACGACGAGCUGGCGAGCCUCACUGGAUGAGGAGCAUUCGUCGCGACUGCACCGUCCGGGAGAUCUCCCAGCGAGGCUUUUGGGCCGACCACACUCGCAGCGGUGAGCAAGCAGAGUUCACCGCUGCUGUGUGUGCGCUCUUCGCGGAGUGCGUAUCCAAGCUACCCAACUUCCAUCCAAGCACGAAAGCUUCCUCACUUCCUGGCGGCGGAGAGAGUGAGGCUUCGCAAGCAGAUCCGGGCCUCUCUGCUUUGGAACGAAGAUCCGUGGCAGUCAAGCGACCUCCAGGACAUCUGGAAGCAGCUGGUCGUUCUUCGAAGUGGUUUGACGCGCACAAUCACUUCCUGCGCCGGGGACAUCGCUCCGGUUCAUGGCUUCUUACCAUGAGACUCGCUUCUGUUUGGCGUCGUGGAGAGAUUGGCGCAGGAGGGCAUGCCAAAAGCCAGAAAAUGGGCGGUGCCUCUUCACCCAAGUGCACAUCUGUUGCUGGCCUUUGCGAAGGCGGCAGAUGUGUAGGGAAGUCAGGACUUUAUACCUCCACGUGGUUAUUCCUGGGCGAUACUCCAGCUCUGCCAGUUCAAAUCACCAUCGUCGAAAGGAGCCAUGUGUUCACUGGACGACUCGACGCACUUCCGCCGUAUAUGGCCCUCGCAGGGAAUCAGAUCUCCGUACGAGCCUCCGAGGACCUUCCGCCAACAGAGACCGGCCCGCUGUGGAAUCGAUCACUACGGAAAACAACUCCUGGCUUCUCGCUCUGCCAUGGCACCUACAUCGAAUCCAGUCCAUCCUUUUGGCCCUCCCCUUUGAGAAAGAGUGGGGAAAGUAUAGCACUCCGCGAUCGCUCUGAUGUGGCGGUCUUUCCCGAGACUGGGACUAUCACACAAUUCGACCCUCGUCAUCUUCACGAACACUCUGGUCUGCCGAAUGGUCUUGAUGGACCUGCACCAGAACGACUCACUCAGAUUCAACCGGCUUCGAUCAUUUCGUGGAGAGGAGGCAUCCAAGAUGCCUGCACUUGCUUUCUGCCUGACACAUUGCCAUCGGCAUCAUCCAUCUCACGACACCAUAUCACAGUCUUCCCGAUAGCGCGACCUGUCCACCCACUCGAGCAGGGGUUCGCACACGAGCGAGCUGUGAUGCAUCUCUCUACCGCUCAUGUGCCAACGACCCUUUCCUUCCUGGCCGACCAAAGGUUUUCGGCAGCACCCACUUCUGUCUUCAGCACUCGAAUACCGCAUCGAGACCAACAAAGCACUCGUGUGAAGACUGGAUCGAGGUUUGAGACAUCUAAGCUCAUAGUAGACCAUGCUGCCUUGGCGAUUCCCAAAACGGAAGGUCGAUGGAGAAAAGCCACGGCUUGGCAAAAUAUGCCCCAAACAUCAGAAGUUCGUCAGUGGAAUUACUGUGACCUGGACGGACAGAAUUGGAUGUCAUUCUUCUCGAUUUACGGCAAGGAGUACCAAGCCCCUCUCAUCAUUGGUGGACUGCACUGGCGCGGGGCGGACGAGAUAGCAGAAACAUUGUUCAACAGCCAAAGGAGCGGGCAACGAAACGACAUCGAUUACGUGCCUAAAACUUCGAAAAGCAGGCAUUUUGCGCUGUUUCCAAUAUGCAAUUAUGUCAAAGAACUUUCUGAAAGUGGCCAGAGACGGGCAGGUAAAGGGCUUGAAAGAUCGGCAGGCAACAUAGCGUUACCAGAAGCUUUGGUGAAUGUUUGUUUCAACCCUGGAAUAUCGGAAGCGGAACAUUUUCCACAGAUGCCUGAAAGAUUUCUAUCGAGCUUGAUCCACUUGUUCUCAUCCUUUCGAGUGUCUUGGCAGAGCACAGUCGACAAGGUAGUGACUGCACGCGGUCCAACUUGUACAGGAGUUCAUGAAUUCCAUUUGGAUGACUUUUUUUCUGCUAUGGACGAUGUUCUGCCAACAAAGACUCCCUACUACGUUCGAUGUUCUACGGUCUUUCCAUCGAUACUUGAGGGAGCAGGCACGGGAGUGGCCGAGAAGGUCGAUGGCCAGCGUGCUUCAUACGAAAACAAAAUUGUCCGCUUUCCAUGGCCUCUCCAAUACCAUACAGUGGCGAUAAUUGCGAUGCAGCAGUCCAUUGACGCAUCUUCAGCAGAGCUCUUUGAGGGUAUCCAAUGGAUCAGAACGAACAGAUUUGAAGGAAGCCAGGAGUUCAGAGGGAGAAAAGAUGUCCAACAUGAGGUCAACCGUUGGCAUGAUCUCCGUUCACGGCAAGAGCCACAGCGAAAGUGCUUGGCAUCGACCCACAAGUUAGAGCUUUGUUUUGAUUCUUUCGCCUUCUUCUUCUUCCCAUCAACUUCGCAACACACCAACCACAACACCUUCACAAGACCACUUCAUCCACACACCCGUCUCUUGCAGAGACUGAGAAGACACAUGCUGUCGAGAGGCGCGUCUUCUAAUGGCAACUCUAGCUUACCGUCGGGCAGGUAUCUCAGCAGUCUCUGUCGGUAUGCACCGUCCGCCCACCAGUAUCAGACUCACGCUAACAAUGUCAUAGGCUGGCACAUGGAAGCCACCAAAGCACUCCUCGCGGCCACUGCCCCUUCAGGCAGAAUGACGCCUUUGCUCCAUCGCCGCAGCAUUCACACUGGCUUGACUGCAACUCUCGCAACAGCCUUCAAUAUCACGCAACAUAACUUCUCCUCCAACUUCCCCCAUUUUCAUUUCAAUUCUUGGCUGACAUCCACCGAGACGGACUUUGAUAGUACAUUAAAGCACGUGUGGUGUCCACCGGCGGCGGCGCUGCUGACUGCCUCGACCGGGUCUGAAGCGCCUGGGCGUCCGCACGAAACAACCCUUUUCUUUCAUCCUUGGGAUGCGGAGAAGGAGAUCAAACUCACACCACCGACACAGAUGGGGCUAAGGCUUACUUUCAUGCCGAUGCCCGCGAGAGGUGUCGCAGAUCAACAGUCGUGGAAUCCAGUGUCGACGACGCCACUGACUGAUGAAUGUGAUCGCGGCACAUCCAUGCAUCGUCUUCUUUCAUCGUACUUCGUUUGCGUUCUCAUUUUGCUGCUUCGUCUGACCAUCGGCAUCGACAUUAAGACCAGGCCGUUCAAUGCCGACGUCUUUGAGCACGAUGCCGAAGAUUGA